AUGGAUGACACCAACAGAGAUAAGUCACCGCUUAAGGUGGUCCGCUGGGGCGAGUCAUCGCAUUCAGGCUCUAAUACUCAGGUGGGACUACAGACGAAACCGCGUAAGGGAAGAAAAAAGUCAUCUAGUGGUAGUCUUACGACUUUUGAGUUACCAGUUACCAGCUGUGGCGAAUCAGCUGUGGAUCUCGCCGAUGCGUUCGCAGUUCAUCCACCUCCCGCGCUUCCACCGCAACAGCAGCACAAGGCAGAGCAGCAGCAGGUUCAGUCUAGGGAAGCCGGACGGCACACGCGUAGCGAGGUACCGUUGCGUGAUCCGGAGAAUCAGGGCGCGAAAACGACUCGUUCUCCACCCAAUAGCGGGGAAUUUGCGGUCGUUGGUGCGCUCACAGAGGGGCAGGCGGAUGAUUCGGGGCAAACUGGCGGCAGCGGCGCAGGAAAACGCGGGAAAAAAGGGCGGAAGAAGAGCCAGAGCGCCGCGUCGCUUCAGCCUUACGAGGCCGCACAGCUGGAUGGUUACAUGCAGCCAGGCGGUUACAUGCAUCCUGGCAGUUUCUCGCAACUUCAGGGAGGUUACUUACAAAACGGUUACAACGUGCAGCUGCAGCAGCCGUCGGCAACGCAGAAGACCCAAGACGAGUGGACGCUUCUAGCAGACGGAGAGGAAACGGCCGAGCCUGGUUACCAGCCGGCUGUUCCCUUCGCUAGUUCGCAAUCCGUAACUGCCGGUCCGCACACGUCAAAGCCUCUGAACCAUGGGGUAUCUCAGAACGCGCGGCAGCAGAGGGCGUUGGCGGAAAGCGUAGGGGAGUCAUGUGAUGGUGAGCGGGAGAGAAACGAUAGGAACCUUCCGACAGAGAGGCUUCCGAUUCAGGCGCCGCCAGGGGAGCUCGUGAUGCUUCCGCGGAGCAAAUCGGAAGCGGGUAGGGGCGGGGUUGCGCUUAGGAGGGGGAGAGCCCGCGCGGGAGCAGCCGCGGUUGGGUCCGUGGGCUCUGAGGCGGAACUCGCGCAGGGGGUUGUGCGGCGGGCGUCGCUGGGGGAACUGGAGGCAGAGGAGGGGAGUGAUCGGAUGGGCGUGGUCGCACAGAGGGCGCGUGCGACGGGUGCGAAGGCACGGAGGCGACAGCCGAGCGAGGAUAGCACCAGCAGCACCAGUGGCAGCAGGGGUAGCAGCGGAAGUUCGGUGGGAGGUAGGAGCAUGAUACACUCUCACCCGCAGCAGCAGCCGCAACAGGAGGAGCAGCCGCAGGAACAGCAGACGAAAACGAAGCAGCAGAAGCAGCACAGGAGAAAGAAGUCAGGGGGGGAUGUGACCGCUGCUGCUGCUGCCGCUGCUGCUGCUGCUGGCGCACAGGUCGGGUUGCCUGCAGGAGGGGAAGGCAGUGCGGGUGGGGGCUAUGGAGAGUAUGUUAAUGGAUGCCAUUUGGGGUUCGGUCAUUCAGGAGGAAAUGGUGCUGGGGGGAUUGUUGGGGGCUUUUCAGGGGGGGGAUUUUCCGGUGGAGGCUUUUCAGCAGGACUUCAACUAGGAGGCAACGGUGGGGGCGGGACUGGGCCAGUGGUGCUCCCAGAUGCUGGCAGUGCCGGCACAGAUUCUAUUGUCUCAUCAUUCGAAUUCCCUCUUUCUUCCUUCUUUUCUCCUUUCUCCCUUCCCGUCGCUCAAACGCAGUGCCAGUGGUGCUCCCAGAUGCUGGCAGUGCCGGCGCAGCUGCAGCCGUCUCACAAGGGAAGGCAGAGGCUGCGGUGCAGCAAGUGCAUGCGCGUGUCCAAGUACUCUUGCCAGUGGUGCGCCCAAAUGUUGGCAGUGCCAGCGCAGCUACAGCCGUCACACGAGGGAAGGCAGAGGCUGCGGUGCGGCAAGUGCAUGCGCGUGUCCAAGUACUCUGUCACUCUGCCACCGCACGACAUGCCCGGCCUGCCCCUCCUUAUUCCUGUUGAGAGCGCACAAGAAGGGGGUGGUGCGCAGGCCAAGGUGCAGCUUCUGGAGCAGCAGCAGCAGCAGCAGUUUUUGAGAGCAGCCAUUGCAGCAGCAUCCUUGGCCACGGGCUCGCCAGCCUACCAUGGCAUGGCGCCACAAGGCAUGCAGCCUAUGCUGCAGCAAGGGUUCCCACAGGGAGGUGCUUUUCCAGGGGGAAUGAGUCCACCGCAGCAGCUUUCCCAGCAGCAGCCAUUGCAGCAGCAGCUGUUGCAGCAGCAGCAGUUUGGUCAUAUUCAGGAUGGUGGGGGGUUGAGACCCAUGGGGCAGCAGCAGCAGCAGCAGCAGUGGGUAAAUGGUGUGCCCCCUUCUGCUGUGAAUGGGGCGGUGCAGCAGCUGAAUGGCAUGGCCCUAUCCAAUGCUCGUCCUCAGCAACUGUACACGUUGCCACAUGCGCCAAUGCAGCCAUAUCGACCGCAGCAGCCACCACAGCAGCAGCUGCAGCAGUUUCAGCAGCAACAGUACCAGCUGCAGCAGCAGCAGCAGCAGCAGCAGCAGCAGCAGCAGCAGCAGCAGCAGCAGCAGCAGCAGCAGCAGCAGCAGCAGCAGCAGGGGCAGGGGCAGCAGAUUCAGUCACAGUACCAGCAACAGCCCAUGAUCCCGCAAGUGUCUACUUCCGUUACAGGCGAAUCCAAUGACGCGCAGCAGCUGCAGCAACAGCAGCAGGGGCUGGCAGCUCAACAGUCCCUGCCCCGCAGAGCAUCACAGGGAGCAGCAGGCGAAGCUCAGCCUUCAGCCAAGCACAUCCGCAAGUCCAGUGGUGGUUCUGACUCUAGUGCCUCUGGCGUUGCACCUGCUCUCAGAAUGCCUGCCAGUGGAGCAGCAGCAGCAGGAGGGGCAGGAGGAGGAGCAGAAGGAGGAGUGGCAAGAGCGGCUGGAGAAGAUGAGAACGGAGAGGAGGGAGUCCCAAGAACAGCAUCAGGGAAGCGGUUUCAGCGGCAGGCACGAGACAUGCUGGCAACAAGGCGUGUCACUGUGGGUCCGGGUGGUAAGCUGGCUACUGUUCCUUCCUCUCGUGCUGCUCCUCAGUCACAGGGAGGAGCAGCAGGUGGAGGGACGGCAGGCGAUGGUGCUGGUGAAGGGGGGGGGGGGGUGGAGCUUCGGCGAACAGCAACAGAUAGGAAGGGAGCGAGUGCGAAGGGGGUGGGAGGGGGAGCAGCAGUGCUGAUGCCAAGGAGCAGGACAAUGAGUGUGGGUGGGGAUGCGCAGUACCGGAGAAAGGUGGUUGUGAAUGGGGUGCCUGUGCCGGACCAAAGGGUGCUUGUUGCAGAGCAGAGGAUUGGGAAGAUCGAGCCUGGGAAUUACUGGUAUGACUGCAGAGCUGGAUUCUGGGGGCCUGUGGGGAAUGUGUCGUUGGGCGUCAUUCCUGCUUUCAUGCGUGAGCUAGGCAAUGCCCCCAUGCUUAUGGAUUGCUCAGGCGGUAAGAGCAAGAUAUUGGUGAAUGGACGAGAGCUGCAUCGAAAAGAUGUCAAGAUCCUGGCAGAAAAGGGGUUUCCCGAGACAUUGGGAGGCCGGUACACGCUGGAUGCGGAUGGCACUCUGGUCAAUGAGUUUGGACGAGUGGCGGCUAACCUUGGGAGCCUGUAA